CCGCCAUACAGUCGCCAUGUUUGGCUUCAUUGCAGACAUCCUGACGUACGCUUCCGUGUCGAUACAUUCAUCCCAGUGUCGCUGCUAAUCACGUCCCCCCACCCGCAGCUCCGUCUUCUCCAUCGCCCUCCCCAUCUUCUUCUCCUACAAGGCCCUACGCACCUCCGACCCCGGUGUGCUCUCGCCAUGGCUCAUGUACUGGACGACGCUGAGCAUCUUCCUCCUGCUCGAGAACCAAUUCGACUUCAUCCUCUCAUGGGUGCCCUUCUACAGUUGGCUCCGUUUGGCCGUGCACCUGUACCUCGUCUCGCCAGGCCAACAGGGCUGCGUCUUCCUCUACCAGACCUACAUUCACCCAUUCUUGGAAGAGCAUGAGCGGCAAAUCGAUCACAUGAUCAGCGAUGGGCAUGAGAAGGCACGCACAGCUGGCCUGGACGUGGUCAAGAUGGUCAUCGAGUAUGUUAGAACCCAAUUACUUGGACAAGAGCCUAGAAGGCCUACACCGCCGCCGAGCAGAAAUGUUAGCUACACUAAUCAGCUCUUCAAUCGCUUUACCAUGCCCGCUGCCCGAGAUGCUCUGCCUGCCACAGGCACUUCGGACAUCUUCGGCAUGAUUGGCAAUCUCCUGCAGCAGACCACCUCCGCAGACUCUUCCUCGCAAGACGCACAAGCCCGUGACCUAUCUGCAUCGGGUACUCUCAUUCCACCCCACCUUACGGGCUCCGAGCGUGACGCCUACGUUCGAGCGCAGCGCGAGAAGCUCAGUACGUUGCUUCGAGCUUUUGACGCUGAAGCCGAAAGCACCCCGGGCGCCUGGCAAUCGAGCUCGCAACCACGAUCAGGAACACCUCGCAACCCCGCCGCCCGCAAGCCAUACCUCGCUCCAAAUGAACAGGACCAAAUGCACCGGUCUCGCUCAGAGUCUGAAUUCGAGGACCUCGGCUACGAGACGAUGCCGGACCCAGAGCACUUCCGGCCACGAACAGAUGGCGCAGGUGACCGAACACCGCUGGAACCACCCGCCAAGGGAAGUGCAGGGUGGAGCAAUUGGAUCUGGGGAAACUAUGGCGACCGGGAUAGCCUGGCAGAGGACAAGAAGGAUGAAUGACCGGCCCAAGCGUAGCUGUUCUACAUACUACUUUUGGCGAGAGAGUGGCCAAGAUCUCCUUCGCCAUGACGAUUAUAUGAUGUUAUGACCUGAGGUGGGUUGGGAAACGGCGUUUUUUGGUAGAUGGGCAGGAUACAGCAUGACUGUAUCAAGUCGCGGUCAAGAAUCAGGCUGCGUGACAUUCUCCCAUACGCCCAAGCAACCUCACUCAUCAAAGUUCAGCAAAGGCCCAAGUCAAGCCUCCAAAGGCCACCACAGCAGCCAUGAGACUCGUGCUCAAUUCGUCGGCAGCGGCACCAUCACUCGGAGCAGGAGCAAUAGUCGGCGUGACGACGGUUGGGGCCCAUGUGCUCGUUCCGUUGUUGAUGUUGGUGGCAUGAGCUGCUCCACCAGUCCCUGUUGCGUUGACUCCUGUUACCAUCAUGGGAAGAGUUGUGCUACUACUACUACUAUUAGUUGCUGCCGGGGUCGUGUUCUCCGAAGACGCCACCACCGCGAAAAUGGUCGUGGUGUAACACGCCGAUGAGUCUGGAGGGAUGAUCGUUAGCUGUGGACAGGACGGCGAUGGCGUACUUUAAGAGUGCCAUGGUGGAAAGGGCCUUGUCGUGGUCAAGUUGGAGCUGGAUCGAAGUAAUAGGUAGUACGUAGUAUUGACGGCAAUAGAAUGUUCAUGCGGC